AUGCGCUCAUCGGUGAGCUAUAUAUUAUCUCACGCACCCGGGGAGUCGGUGAUGUCGCAUCCUGACUAUACACAGGAAAUACAGCACCAUGCCUGCCUCUUGGUGCUUGUUAAGGGUAUUGGGGGCGUACUCAAAAACUUCAAUAAACUAUGGGAAAGAAUUCAAAAAGUCAACAAUAUUAAAGUUACAGACUCUAGUGGCCAAGUACGGGAUAUUUGGGUGAGAUAUGUUCGUGACUAUCCUGUUGAGAAUAAUGAUUGGGGAGACUUUCAAACUCACAGACGUCUCCUCGGACUGAUAACAUUGAGCAAGUUUACUAACCAAAUAGAACUAAAUGAGGUGUGCCGUGUGCAUGAAUCGUUAAAAGUAAAGUAUUCAAACACACUGUUUGACUCUCGGGCUUUCAUGUUUGGCCCUGGAAAUAAUUUAAAGAAGCCAGAACAAGAACCAGAGAUCUACAGUGCUUUUGAAGAUGAGAAGCUAUUCAAGGAGAAAAGUAGCUUAAGUGAUAAAAUGUCAAUACCAAGUGAACAAGCAGACAGUCUAUCAUCAUCAGAAAGUUUUCAAAGACCAUCAUCAUCAACUACAUCAUAUUCACUGCCUGAGGAGAAUUUCACUACACCAUCUAACUUCAAGACACAUGCUAUGUUCUAUGGUGAAAAUGAUCCAGUGUUAGAUUUGGAACAGCAUGUUGCUGAAUUAAUUAACUCGCUGUUCUGGGUUGUUGAGUCCAAAAGACUGGAGAGGUCUAAAGAGAAAUUGGAGAAGGUGUCUUUGUUGUUAGCACCAUUUGAAAAGAGAGACUUUGUUGGUCUUGACAUGGAAUCCCGCAAUAAUAAAAAGCGAUGUAUGGGCCGAGUAACAAAGAAUCUCGCAGAUUUAACUUUACAAUCUGGCUUGGUAGCAGAAUCAUUGACUCAGUAUCAUUCUUCGGCGGAAAUAUUGAAAUCUGUUAAUGAUUGGCUUUGGUUGGCUGCUGCUAAAGAAGGUCACUGUGCUGCAUCCGCUAUACUAAUUUAUCCGAAUUUGCGUAAUUCAACACCGUUACAACGCAACGCUAGUUUGCAAGAGAACUCACCGCUAAAAUUGAAGUCACUAUCGCUAUACCAAUCAAAUGAUCCAUUCAGGAAAUUCAAGAUGGGUUCACCCCAAAAGUCCAAAGUUUCAAGUCCUGUUAAUCCACCGAGUGAGUUAACGCCAUCGUCAUCUGAGAGCAUCGAAACCUCAUCAAGACAAUCGGAAUCCGAGAUUGCCGAUACUGAGUCGUUGUCGAGCGAUAUUGAAUAUCAAAGAUCGUUUUUGACACCUGACUUACCAUCUAUACCGAGGCAGCCUCAGUCACAACUGCACAACCAGUACUUACUCAGUAAUGAAGAUAUAGCAGAAAAAUACCGAAAAGCGAUUAUCCACUACAGCAAGUAUCAAAAUGCUGGUAUAAUCGAAACGGAAGCUUGCUUCAAAGCAGCGAGGAUAGCUGUGGAGCAGAACAACAGUCUGAUUGCAUCUGGCUUUCUGCAGAAUGUUAUGUUUAUUAAUCUGACUCUGAGUGAGCAGGAAAAGAUACAGAGAUUUGAUACUCUCGCUGAACUUUAUAAGGAAAUUGGUUUCCUUCGCAAAGCUGCCUUCUGCCAACGUCUUGCAGCCACACGCCAUGUCAGCGUUAAUAAUCCGAAUCCGGAUUGGAGAAGAUGCUACUAUCUUAUGCUGCACAGCUUCCCAGGACACAAGCUCAGUUUGGAUCCCAAUUAUGUUAUCCAGCAUCAAGUUGGCUGGCCUGUGCUUCAAAUCCAACUACUUCAAGAGGUUGUGGUGGCAGCCAAACGCAUGGUGCAUCCCGCUCUAGCCACGAGACACAUGACCUUCCUUCUGCAAACAAUGUGGCCGCAUCUCACCAAACAUGAACAACGUGACCUUGCUAUACAGCUACAGGCAUUAUCUGCACAAUGCGAGGGUGGUCCAGUUCCGCUAGUUCUCGAAACAGGGGAAGUUAUCCCCCCAGCUAACCUCACCCACGUGCCUCACUGCUCUCACUUUACUCCACGACCACUUCCUCCCGCAAGAACCCCUCACCUCAUCAAAUUGAAACCGCAGCAGGGACCAUUCAUAUUCACGCCGAUACAUUUUGGGAGUUUAGAGAGGAAAUCUAAGAAAGACGAGGGAAAAAUGGAAUACCUGUGGGUCGAAGACGACAUCUGUGAAGUCCAAAUGAAGUUAACAAACCCCCUUCCAUUUGAACUAAAAGUAUCCAACAUGCGCCUUCUUACGUCCGGCAUAGUAUUUGAAUCUAUUCCUGAGACAAUAAUACUGCCUCCAGAUUCACCUACGACAGUAAAUCUUCACGGGACACCUAAGGAAGUUGGAGAACUACAAAUAUUAGGAUACUCCACUCAUACACUGGGUGUAAAAUCUAACUGUCGCCUAAAAAAUAUGCCAAUGCCGAAUAAAUUCCCUGCUUCGUUUACUCUUGAAGUCAUCCCUAGUUUACCAACUAUCACCAUCGAAACUGAAGUCGCAGUGUCUGGCAAUCUUAUGUCCAAUUUGGAAUCUUCUGGAAGUGUUACUAAUAUCUCGUUAUACAACGGUGAAAGCACAGAGUGUGUAAUUAAAAUAACCAAUACGAGUAACGUGCCUAUUGAAUACUUGGAUCUCUCUAUUCAGUCGAAUAUGGAUAGCCAAUUGCAAACAAAGGUAUUUCAGUGGAAUAACGACGACCUACAAUCCCAAUUACCCAUAAAACCGAACAAUACAGCAUCAAUUGUUAUGAAUUUAUAUGGAGAAGCAGAUUUUUUGGAUUUAGGUGGAUGUGACAAUUUAUUCCCGAACAGUCUAACUUCGAAUUAUCCUUCGAGAGUUGGGUCUCCAGUGCCCAAUGCGCAUGCGUCGUUGCCUACUCAGAGCUCUAACCCACAGAAUUCUUUAAGCAGUGGUCUUCUUAAUAGAACGUCUGGUAGUUUUAGGUCUACAAACUCCCAAACAACGAGCUGGUCAGCGCCUCUUUCUGUCAUGCCACCGUCGCGAGGACGACAAAUUGAGGCUCAGUUUCUCUUACGAUACUCCGGCGGAGGAGACGCAGAACAUUGUCGCCAAUCGACGCUACAAGUGAACUUGGAAUUGCUACCUAGUGUAUCCAUCACGCACUGGGACGUUUUACCAGCUGAAAUCCCUAGUCAACUGUACCUAGUGUUGGACGUCACCAACUUGACAUCUGAAGAAAUAGACCUACACUAUACAGAAAAUAAGCACAUUCUGAUUGAAGGCAAGGAGUCUUGCCGAGUGCCCGUACCUCUGGAUAGGUGUCCCUUCAAUGUGACUCCUAAAUCAAAUAAUGAAGAUACAACAGAAAUCCGAUCGAUAAGCACAGGAUCUUCAAACAGCUUGGAGUUGAUGUGUUCAGAGCAUAUAACACAGAAUGUCAAACUACGUUGGAAUCUCUUACAGUCCAACAUAAGCGGUCGAGCUUCAGUCAAAGGCAUCACGUUAUCGCAGGCCAUGAUCUAUAUUGUUAGGAUGUCCCCGCUUAAUUGGGAAGUGAGUAUAAACAAACAAUGCAUGAAACCUCAAGAAGAGUACAGCUGCAACGCCGGCGAGUGCCUCUCCCUCGGCGUGUCCAUAGGGAACCAUCUUGCACGGCCUUUGCAUAAGCUAUGCCUGUCUGUGCAAUUUUAUCAGGACUAUAACAACGGUGUGCUCAACUAUAAGCUGGAGAACUCUGUCGCUACAGCUGGGAACAAUAAAGUCGUAUUGACAACGUUAGAGGAAACAGCCAAAGCAUAUCAUGAGUGUACGGUCGUGUUUUUGACUCCUGGUGAGUUCAAAAUUGACAUCCAGUGUUCAACCACGGAGCCCAUAUCCGAGGAUCCGAUUAAGGAAGAAAAUUCGUCUAUUAUUCAACCGUGUGCUGGAGAGAUUAGUCAUGUCUGGAGAUUCAUACCCCCCGUUGCUAUUAGUGUUACGGAUUAG